CUUGUAUUUUCAAAACAGCUUUUCGCAGAAGCUCCAAAUCGGAGCUUCUGCUUUUAUGUUAUACAAAAACGUUUUUCAAAAGCCGAGCUUUUAGAGGUGUUUGGCCCUGCUUCAGCUUUUAAAGCCGAAAAGCACUUCUAAAAGCCGGGCCAAACAUGGGCAAUAUCUUUAUAAGAGAAUCAACAUUGAUAUUGCAUUCUCAAUUCCACGAACAAGGGCUUGGUCUAGUGGAAAUACCACUAGCCUAGAAUCUGGAGGUCCCAGGUUCGAAUCGGCCUUAAGUAGUACCUUAAUAACAACAAAAUAAAACCUAUAUCACCGUUAUAAAAAAAAAUACAAUUCCAAAUCCUAUUGAUUCAUAUACUUUACUCAUACAUGUUUCGAUAUGAUCAAAUGAAUUUAUGAAUGUGUAGAUGACAAAGUUUAUUGAAGAUUAUGAAAAACAAUUGUAUAUAACUUAUGUGUAUCAAAUUUUAUUAUUAAUAUUUCCCAUAUUUUGAUUAGUUAUUAUAAUUGGUAGUUUUGGGGGAUAAUAAUAAUGGUAGUCUUAGAGUAGUAGGGUUAGGAUUCGCUUUGAAUUGGGGUUGGCGGCUGUCGCUUGGCGGAAUGGGUAAUUAAUAAUAGUUGGAUUAGGAGUUUGUGUCGUGGAGUAAGGGCCAAACUUGUGGCCGCAGGUUUGUGGGUAAUUUACUAACCCUAAACUAGUCCUAAUCCCUCACAAACCUGCGGGCUCCACGACACAAUACUUGUUGUUCCAUUCUUAUAAUCAAUGGAUAAUGAAGAAAAAACCUCUAACAAUGUAUCUAUUCUCUCAAUUCUCAAUCUCAACCCUUCUUAAAGUCUAGACUGAUUCUCGACGUACACGAUGCUUACACCAAAAAUGCAUCAAUAACAUGCCCAAAAAAUAAGUUUGUGCACAACAAACCUCUACACCUAUCUAAUAUUUUUUGUUAUCAAGAAUGAUAAGCAAAUCAAAUGCGAUGAAGGUUGAUUGUUUAGAUCCGUAGGUUUUUCCCCCUCUCUUUUUACUACUACAUUGACUUUGGGGUUUGGCAACCACUUAAAAAACAAUUUUCACUUGGUUUUUCCCCUCUCUCUUUUUAUCGAUCCUUCAUAAUCUUGAUGCACAAAGACCCAAGAAGGGAGAAGGGAUCAAGGGAGCCUUAUUAUGUAUCUCUCUACUCUCUCACUACAUUUCAAAACCUCUCAACUCCACACAACUUUUCUAGCUACCCAAUGGGAAGCAUUCAAUGAAAUCAACACAAGAUCUCCAGCUAACCAAGGGGAAGCAUUCAAUGAACUCAUGUCAUUUAUGCAGAAAACAGAUGCACCAGUCCCCUGCCUUAAAGAAUUCUUUGGAGAUGAACCACUGCUCACACCCCCCCCCCCCCCAAAGAUCAGCAACUUGUAUCUAAUCAGAAUCCAGCUUUGUUGAAGGAUAGGUUUGAAGUCAGAGAAGUUAAGGAGAAGCCAGACUCUCUACCAUUUAGAUAUCUUGUUCCCCUGGAGAUGGCAAAUCUUUCUGCCCCCAGUUGGCCUACAGAACACAUCCUCUGGAAACCUCCCCUUGGGACUCUUCUUUGCGCAUCUCCAAUCGAAGCUGAAGCGAAGGCUCUACUGGAAGCUCUCAAAUUAGCUCAAGGAUUACAUUGCCCGAUUACGGUGUGUUCGGAUUGCCUCACUUUGGUAACAGCUCUUCAGAAUCCUCUCCUGGUACUGCCGUGCAAAUGUUCUGCCCUGCUGAGUGUCAUGUCUGGAAUCCUCUCCAGUUGCCCGUUGAUCAAAGUGAAAUUCAUCGGACGUUCGCUCAAUACCAGAGCAGACUGGAUGGCCAGAUCGCUCCUUAAUCACUCUCUCCCCAGUGACUGGGUUGUUGUCCUUGAUUUAAUUUCUGAGUUCCUAGAAUAACUGUUCAACAAUGUUUUUCGGUUGGUGGUGCAAUAUAAGUGAUCCCUUGUAAAAAAAAAUUGACUUUAGGGUUUUGGAGAGUUAGGACAGGGACCAAUCUUUCCAACCACUUAACUUGGCUGCUCCUGUCCAGUCCUGCCAAGUACGUGCAUUUCCCUCUUUCCUUCCAUGGCUGAAUCAAAUUAAGAAAUUAACUGAAAGUUGGCACAAACAAAAGUCCUUACAUAUGGUCCCUACUCGAAAGGACUCUGAAAUGGGUUUUGCACAGUAGUCUACUGCUGCAAUUGCUUGUGGGCUGUGGUUGUGUCAUAGUUGUCAUUCCCACUCUUUCUAGUGCACCAAUACACUAGACUUUGCUCCAAAACUCACCCAAACACCUUUCUUAAUUAUGAUCUUAUCUAAACUUUCCAUCCACUUCGGGGUAAAAUAGUUCUUGCAGGGACAACUCGAGUAAUUGGUCGAGAUCCAACUUUGUAUAUUGCAAUCCUCUUUUGCAUGCCUACUCAAACAAAAAUUAACACAACAUCUUUUAAUAAAAAUAUCAUGCCAAUAACUAAUUUUUCUCGUUGUUAGAAAAAUAUGCUGAAAAGGUAGUAGAUAUUUCAAAAUUGGAUUACUAGCAGUUACCUAACGACUCCAUUUUUAUUAAGCCAUGAUCAGUCCAAAUUCAGCCGGCCCAUAAUUUGAUGUGGGUCCUUACCCAAUCUGUGGCCCACGUCUGAAAAUAUGGCCCAUCAACUUUAGCAGCCUACAACCGCACUCCUGCACAGAGUACAGACCAUUGCGCAUUACCUUUGUUUUUACAUUCACACAUCAUGUCAAUAACAAAUUUUUGUCCCCAACAUCUUCUUUCCACAAUUGUCCUAAAGAUGGAAAUUGUUUUUUAAGUCUUCUAUGAUUGGGUUUGGCAACCACUACUAAGCUUAACUAAUUAUCUUUUCCCCUUUUCUAUGUCCAUGAAACGUCUCCUCUUUUUAAUCAUGAUAAACCAAUCAUGCAUGUUUUAAACACUUGGUUGAAAAUGGCAAAAUAUAACCACCAACAAAUUUCUGAUUUCUACUUUAGCAUUACCAUAAUAGUACACCAUAAGAUGGGUUUGAGCCCCCUGAACUAUGUAAAGGAUUCAUUCUAUGAAUAUACGUAUAUUAUUGAAUUUUAGUAAGCUCUUGGAUUAGUCCAACGGCUAAGAUUAAAUGGUGUUUUCAACUUUUGAUAAAUUCGGAAUACUUGCUAUCUUAUCUCCUGUAAAUUUCAGUCACAAUAUUUUAUGCAUAGAAAAGAUUAAUAAACUAUUAAUAAAAAAUCGAAUGAUUUUCACACACGUUGGUAAUGUGAUAACGUAUCAUGCACGGGGUGAUGUUGAUGACACCAAUAAGUAUAGGUGUCAAAACAGAACCUACCCUGAGUAACCCGCCAUAUUAAGUCGACUCACAAUCCGAUCGUGAUUCGAGUUGACUAAAAUUCAAUUCCCCAUUCGAUUGGCCCGCAAAUCGAUUGCUCCGCAACCCUAUUGAUCCACAACCCGGUUAACCAAAAUUUGAUUGAUCCGAUUGUAAUUGAACCUCAACCAGAUUGGCCCAUAAUGGAUUAACUCGAACCCAACUAACUUGUGAUUCAGUUGAUCCAACCCAAACUUCCCCGAUUGACCGAAUAAUUACUAUACUAUAUACUAUAGUAUUGCAAAAUGAUUUUUUUUUUGGUUUGAAACGUGAUCCCCUUUUUUCAUUUUCUAAAUUGAAGUUCAAAACAUGAAAUUCACUUAAAAUUAUAUUUUUUAUAAAAUUAAAAUGUGAAAUUCACUUGAACAUUAUGUUCUUUAACAAAAUGAAAAACAUUUUCAAAAUAUAAAAUUAGCACAACAUCAAUAUUGAUAAUAAAUUAUUAACAAUUGAGAAAAUGUAACCCAUUAUAUAGUUUAUUAUAUUAUAAUUCUGGUUGAUUCAAAUCUUCCACAAAAAUUUUUGAUUAAAUAUAAGUACAAUAAAGUGUAGGAAAUUUU